GCCAUGUGGCUGUCCCCUGCUCUACUGCUUCUCAGCCUCCCAGGCUGUUUCUCCAUCCAAGGCCCAGGGUCCGUGCAAGGCCCAGAGCGGGGAUCGGUGACCGUGCAGUGUCACUACCGCCCAGGAUGGGAGACCCACGUGAAGUGGUGGUGCCGAGGGGCAAGGUGGGACACGUGCAGGAUCCUCGUUGAAACCAGAGGAUCAGAGCAAGAAGUGAGCAAGGACCGUGUGUCCAUCAAGGACGAUCAGAGAAACCGCUUGUUCACGGUGACCAUGCUGAGGCUCAGGUCAGACGACACAGACACUUACUGGUGCGGGAUUGAAAAGACUGGAAUUGACCUGGGGACACGAAUUAAAGUCACCGUUGACCCAGGUAAGAACUUCCUCGUCUACACGGCGGGGUCCUGGUGCUCAGGACUGGACGAGCGAGGGCCCCUGCCCCCUCCUCCCCGAGGGCAGAGGGGAAGCCAGAGACUUUUUGAGAGCAAGACCCACUACUUGCUCCUGGCGUUCCUGAAGGUGCCCAUCUUGCUCAUCUUGGUCGGUGCUGUGCUCUGGUUGAAGGAACCUCACAGGGAGGCCGAGGAACAAUGGGAACAGCCCAUCUACAUGAAUCUGUCCUCUGACCUUCUGACCAAAGACACCGCCCCUUAG